AUGUCAGAGAGACCUCCACGUCCGUCGCGUCGGCGGUACUACUGUCCGGACGUCCUGCCACCUCUAUUUGCUCCGUCAGCACCUGGUGCUUUUGAUCCGAACAUCCCGGAGGAGGGACCCUCGGCGCCCCCUCCUGGCUUCCUGGAUGAUGUGCACGGAUACCUGGGCCACAAAGGAGAGGGGGACCACCCGUUGUACCCGCCUCCCCCUGCCUACGUCCCGCAGCCUGAACUCAACAAGAACACCCUGGUGCCCGAAGUCAAGGUCCCCACAGUUUCAGAGGACGUUGCUAGAGAAGCCCUGCUAAAGUUUGUGGAAUCAAAAUGGCGCUACAGCUCCAAACCGGCCAGGAACAUGGUCUUCAAACAGCUCAAACCCAUCACCGUGUACAGGGUACGAGCACAGGCUGAGCCCUACCCCAGCGCUGGCACUGGUGACGGAUGA